AUGGUAUAUAAUGAGGAAAGGAAAGAGAAAGGUUUACAAAAGAAAAAAAAAGAAAUCAACAAAAGGAAUACACGUAUACUUUUAAGAGAUAAAAUAAAAGAUAUUGAAAUACAGUGUGGAAAAUUAAAUGAUUAUUUAAAAAAAAAGGAAGAAGAAAAGAAAAUAUUCCAAAUAUCUACAGUCAUAUUAAAACAAUAUCAUUCAUAUUUAUAUAAUAAAUUAUAUAACAAUAUAUCUGUAUGUUUACCAGUAUUUCAUCAUAUCUUUCUUACGACUUGUGGAAUCAUUUUUACAAAUAAUGAUUGUUACAUCAAUGAUGAAAGGCAAAAAAUAAACAAAAUAAACAAAAUAAAUAAUAUAAACAAAAUAAACAAAAUAAACAAAACAAACAAAAUAAACAAAAUAAACCGAAUAAAUAAUCAUCUCUUGUAUUGUAAAAAUGCGGAAUAUAGUUUCUCUGAUCAUUGUAUAUAUGAUGAGGAUAUAUGUAAAAAUAUAUCGUGGAUAUAUUAUUCUAUGAAAGAAAAAAAUGAAAGCAAACUGAUAGAACAAACAAAUAUUUUAUAUGAGGAAAAAGAAAAUAAUUUAUCUACAACUCUAGAAGAUCAAUCAAAAAAAAAGAGAAGUUGCUACGUUUAUAAUAUACAAAAUAAUAAUAUUAAUAAUAAUAUAUCUAUUGAAACUAUGACCAGUGAAAAUAAUAAAAAAAAAUUGAAAGAAGAGAAUAUUAUAUAUUUAUCAUCAUUAGAAGGAAAAAAAAUGUAUGAAAAAUAUAAAAAUGAUCAAGACACAAAUGUAUUAUAUACAUAUAAUAAUAAUGAUAAGAUGAAGAAUAUACCUUUAAAAAAAAAAAAAAAAAAAAUUACAACUAGCUAUAAUGAGAAUAACAAAAGUAUAUCUAGUACAGUUUUAAACACACCCCUUAAUAUUACAAAAAAAAAAAAAAAAAUGGAUUAUCUUAAUCUUAAAUUUAUUGAUAAAAAAUAUACGACUGAUGAAAAUUUAAUUAUUUCAUCCAGUCAUACUGUAGAUACUAUAAGUGAACUAGUUAAUAUGAAUUAUUUAUCAUCAGAUAACAAUAUUUCAACAUAUAGCGAUAUAUAUAUACAAACUGUAUGUAAAAAGUCCAAAAAAAUAAAAAAAUAUGACCAUAAUAAUAUAAUAAAGAAUCCUAUAAAAAAUGAAAUGUCAUCCAAUUCAUCAAUAUUGUUAAGUAAUAAAACUACCUCGCAUAAUUAUUAUAAUGAUAUAUAUGAUGAAGAAUAUAUAAAAAAAAAAAAAAUUAAUAUGCAAUAUAAUGAACCAUAUGAUAUGCAAUAUAAUGAACCAUAUAAUAUACAAUAUAUUAAAGAAAAACAGAAAAAGAAAAAAAAAAAAAAAAAGAAAAAAAAUGAAAGUUAUAUUGAUUCAUAUAUAGAUCUUAUAAAAAAUGUUAAAGUUUUCUCAUUCUUUGAAAAUAAAGAACAAAUAAUACAAAAUAAUACAUUUACCAAUUUUUUCAAUAAUAUAAAAAAUUUUUUUUUUUUUUCUUCUAAUGAAAAAAAUGAAGAAAAAGAAAAUAACACAUCCAAUUAUAAUAAUCCUUAUGAACAAAAAAAAAAUAUAAAUAAUAAAAGACAAUAUAAUAUUUUAAAAUAUCAAUGUGUAAUAAAAUCUAAAGGUAUCAAAAUUUUUUUAUGCGUUUGUCCUAAUUGUUCUAAACAUUUUUAUUUAUUAAUAAAAAAAGGAUCACGAAAAAAAAUGAUCUCAAAAGUAUUUCAUCCUUCUCAUUUUGCUACCCUAGUCAAGAAUUUAAAAAAACAAAAAAUUAAUCUUUUAAAAGAUGAAAAGGAACAAAUGAAUGAUGACAAUCCCAGUAUUAAAAAUAUCCCGUAUUUAGAUAUUACAACAGUUGAGUUCUUUAACGAUAGUCUUUAUUAUGAUGAAACUGUUCAAGACUUUUGUCAAUGUUAUUUAAAAAUAAAUGAAACUCCAAAUAAUUUUUAUGAUAAUAUGGAUAUAUUACUUUACAUAUAA